UGUGGAGGAGGCUGAGCUGGAACCUAAUAGAGUCCAGGCUCUGUGCUAGAACAUUCUACCAACUCGCUACCAGAGGCAGGGAAUGGUGACUCUCCCUGGAAGAUGCCAGUCUCAUGGAAGGCAGAUGCAGCCUUUUGGUCCCCUCACUCCUGUCUGUGUCUGUCCCUCGUGCAGCUCCAGUACCAAGGCAGCCCCUUUAGUGACCCUGGCUUCUCAGCCCCUGAGCUCCAGCUCAGCAGCCUGCCUCCUGCUGCCGUCUCCUUCAAGACCUGGCAUGCCCUGGAUGAUGAGGAGCGUCUGAGCCGUGCCCAGGGGGCCUUCCUGGCCUUGACCCAGCAUCUCCAGCUCGUGGGGGAUGAUCAGAGCGACCUGAACCCUGGCAGUCCCAUCCUGCUGGCUCAGCUCGGGGCUGCAAGACUCAGGGCCCAAGGCCUACUGGGCAACAUGGCUGCCAUCAUGACGGCCCUGGGCCUGCCCAUCCCCCCAGAAGAGGACACUCUUGGGCUUGUCCCCUUUGGGGCCUCUGCCUUCGAGAGGAAAUGUCGAGGCUAUGUAGUAACUCGAGAAUAUGGCCAUUGGACAGACCGAGCUGUGAGGGAUUUGGCUCUGCUCAAGGCCAAAUACCCUGGAUAGAGGUGGGACUUCCUUUCAGAGGCUGUGACACUUCCCCUCUCACAGUGGACUUUUCGGCCUUACUUCUUGGCUAGAAAGGAGACACAUCUUGUCUAGCAGACAGGACUUGUGUGCCAGGUACUCAGGAAAAUCUCUUGGGAACUGGGCCUCAAGUCCCUAUGGCCUGGGCCUUCCUGCCUGGGUCCUAUGGCCUCCCUUCCAGAUCUGGGUGGGGCCCAAUGGAUAGCGUCGAAUGGAUUACUAAUCUAGGGGUACCAGUUGCCUGCUUCCUGGGUGGAAGGAGGUUCCUCUUUGAAAUUCCUCCCACUCUACAGGGAGAAUACAAUUGGUCUCCUUCCUGGGCGCUCCCUGAGACCUUCACCUUCCUGUAAUUUGGGGGGGUUCCAGAGGCUGCCCUCUUGCCUCUGUCUACCUCACUUCCUGUAUGAAUGUAUGGACUUUCUCAGCACCUAGGCCUCCCCUCCUGCUGGAGUUCAUUUCCUCCCCUAGUUUACCUGUCUGUGGCCCCUCUUCCAACUUCCGGUCUUUUUUUUUUUUUUUU